AAUAACAGUGGGAUUAUAUUAUGUUCAUCAUGAACUGUGAUACAGAGGUGUGUCUGUCUGCAUGACAUUUAGCCUCAUUUAUUCACUGCCGGUUACCUGGAUACUAAACCUGUCUGUCACUGCCACCUGAGGGGUGUGUGUGUGUGUGUGUGUGUGUGUGUGUGUGUGUGUCCUCAUUAAAAAAACACAAAAACUGGUUUCAUAAAUCAAACACAGUGUUUUGAGGUUGACGUCCUUGAAUGUUUCUCUGAAAAUAAAAGUCUUUUACAGAACAUAAAUUAUCUGAAUUUUGGAGCUUUUGUAUCCACUAAUAAAGUCAUCAACAAAUAACUGAUAGCCAAUAAAAUAAGCUGACUUUGUAACAAAAUCUUCAGAUCACAUUUUGUGGCCCAUUAGAGCAUUUUUAGGUUUUUAUUUUUUAGGUUGUUUCUUUAGGUUCCUCCAGAGAGUAGCAACAAGAAAACAGGUCAACAUUUUUUUUAUUAUUAUUGAGGAUGCAGUGUGUAUGAAUUAAUGGCAUCUAGUGGUGAAGUUGUAGACUGCAACCAACUGAAUACUUUCCCAUUCACAGCAUGAAGUGUAAACUACAGCUGCUGUAUGAGAACGAGACGUGAGACUGGCACUGAAUUCUGGAAAACAAAGGCACAGUUCAUCUUUUAAUUUAACAUGAUCUACAAGAAUAGUUUCAAGAAAAACACAAACAGUGGAUGCUAAUGGGAGAAACCUGUCAAAUUCAUCGUAUAUGUGGCAACAAAACAGAGCCGAUUCCAUUUGUUGAGCUGACUUUUGGUGUCCAGCUCGUCUGGUACCUACAUUCACAGCUGUGACGUUGGUGGACAUUUGGACGAGGACAAAGUCCUUGUGAAGACGCUGGAGAAUGAGCUUUAGAAAAUAGUUUUUUUGGACAGUUUUCUUGGUCGUUGGAGACGUGACAAACCACCAGAAACUUCUCCAAAGUUCUGCCACCAUGUCACAAACUGAGACUAAAAGCAGAUUAGUGACGUAAUUGAAGCCUCUGCACACUUAAGAAAGAAAUAGUUUGGACUCUUGACUGUCUAUCUGCUUGCCUACCACACCUACUUCACUUCUCAUCGAAUAGGAUGCUUCGACGGUGAUGCUGCCUGACAACAACAGCUGACUGGGUAUUGUCCUCUAAGUGUGUUUGUACUUAUGCCACAGUCAGCCUCGUUAUUUGGUCGAUGGACGUGCAACGCGGCGGACAGGACGAGGAGCAGCUCUCUAACUCCUGAUCAAUUAUCACACACACAUACAUAUACCUACAUACAUACAGCAGACUGAAGGUAACCAGCCGUUGUUUGGACGUCUUCCUGCUGAGACGCAGCAUGUGGGAGGAGAACUUCGAUACAGAGCAUGAGGUUGGCAGUAAGCUCGACUACUCGCCGGUGUCCUGGCGGGAGUAUUUCGACCAGAUGGAGGAUGUGAACGUGGGACUGGCCGACAGCAGGGACGUGUUCAGGAUUUAUAAAGCAGGAAAUGAUGGGCCACUGCUGGUUCUGCUGCACGGAGGAGGACACUCGGCUCUGUCCUGGGCCGUUUUCACUACAGCCAUCGCCAGCAGAGUGACCUGCAGGGUACUUGCAAUGGACCUCAGAGGUCACGGUGCCACCCUGGUUCGCCAAUCAGAUGACUUCUCAACUCAAACUAUGUCCAGCGAUGUAGCCAAUGUGAUCCGAGCCUGCUACGGUGAGACCCCUCCCCCCAUUGUCCUGAUUGGCCAUGGCGUUGGUGGGGCGAUCGCAGUGCAUACAGCCAGCAACAUGCUGCUACCGACCACUGUGGGCCUGGUGGCUAUAGAUGUCGUGGAAGGCAGUGCAAUGGAGGCACUCCACAGCAUACAGAACUUCCUGAAGGGGAGACCCAAGUCCUUCAAGUCCAUGGACCACGCUAUAGAGUGGAGUGUCAAGAGUGGACAAAUCAGGAACCUGGAAUCUGCCAGAGUCUCAAUGGUUGGUCAGAUCAAAAGAUGCGAGGUGGAGGAGGCCGACACUCUGGAGCAGGCCAGCCCAGUGACGGACGUGGUCGUUGAGUGCAACGAAGAGUUCUACGAUCAGAGUUACGUCAAUGACAAAGAAAUCGCUGCCUCAGAGGUGAGCCUCAGCGACUGCACAGAAACACUGAUGAGUGUGUACAAGUGGCGUAUAGACCUGUCAAAGUCAGAAAAGUAUUGGGACGGCUGGUUUAGAGGAACCUCCAACCUCUUUCUGGCUUGCAACCUGCCCAAACUCCUGCUCUUGGCAGGAAUUGACAGGCUGGACAGAGAUCUGACAAUCGGCCAAAUGCAAGGUGAGAUGCUGGUUCAACAUGUGCUGCCCCCCUGUGGCCAUGCAGUGCAAGAAGACAAACCAGACAAAGUGGCUGAAGCUGUGGCCGCAUUCCUGCUGAGACACAAAUUUGCCGAAGCCAGAAGAGAAACCAGGAGCUCCAACUCUUUCACACAAUGAGGCCUGCAGGUUUUCUUUCAGACCAGCAAGAAGGAGCUCCCGAAAUUAGAGCCGACCGCUUCCUCACGUUUCUGAAGACCAGUCCAGACCUCCAUCUUCAUCCUUUAAUCAGAAGUAGCUCUAGUGUAAACCGUGAAAGCUUAGACCGCCUGUAACAUCUAACAGUAGCUACUGAACCAUUUGUGACCGACUGCCCAAACUCUCCUGUACGCGGUUGAUACAGGUAUCUGGUAGCCCAGAUCUAAGGGGUCCAUUUCUGUCCGGAAAACAUUACGUCAUAAAAAUACUCAGGAGAUUUUUGACUUGCUCAGCCAUAAUUUUGCACUUUUUUGUUUGAGAGUGUCUCAAACUGGAAUAUAAGCCAUAUAAAGGACAGUGAAAAUGAAAUAUAUGAAGAUGUUUUCAUGGUCUGACCAUUAACACAAGUCAAACACAUCAAAACAUGGACGUCCAAAGCACCUGGGCUAUCAGUUUGUUCACUGCUGCCUUCCUCCUGCUAGACGUGAGCUGACUUCUAGUUCUUCUGACGACGAAACAGAUGAUACAAAUUAAUCUCCAUUCUUGCAUGUACCCGUUAUUUAAAGCGUGUAGCAUUAGCAUCCUUUCAUUAAAUCAAAGUGCUGGUUCAGUAUGAAGUUCACUGUGUUCAGUUUAUCAUUAGUGACACGAUACGGCUACAUCACAGAGGCAGUGGUGUGUUUUUUUUUAGCAUUUUUUAUGUGUCGUCUUCCACUAAAAUAACGACAAAAUCCAAAAACAUAAAGUUUGCACAGAAGCACAGUUUAUCUUUGUGGAUUAUAUCGAUGCUGAAC